AUUGUCACUCUCACACCGGCUUGCGGCGCCGCCCAAGCGCCUACUCACUGAGAGAGAGAGAGAGAGAGAGAGAGAGACGUAGACAACAAAGUUGGACUGUUAGCUAGUUCUCCCAUCACCAUUUCGUCUUCUUCUUCUUCUUCUCUCAUGUUCCCAUGGCUACCUCCCUCCCACCUAUAGAGGAACCACCAGCACAAACUCCACUCCUAACCGAGAAGGACACACCCCUCCACCUCCGCCAAACCCUUCACCGCCUGGAAACUUUCCUCCGCAUCUUUGGCUUUUGCCAGUACUCUGUUCUCAGCCAAGCCCUCUCAUGGGUUGCUUUUCUUCUCCUCGCUGUUGCCCUGCCCCUGCUCGUCAUUGAGCUCUCCUACUGUUCUCACUGCGAGAGGUAUCAGAUAAAGCGCUUCGACCUUCAGAUUUUGAUCUCCGAAGCUCUCGUUGCUGCCAUAUCGCUUCUCAGCAUUUCCCACAAUCUUCGCAAGUAUGGCAUCCGCAAGUUCCUCUUUGUGGACAGGGACCACGGUCACAUGACCCAGUUUCGCGAGCAGUACGUACAGAAGAUCCAUGAUUUCUUCCGUUUGUUGGCACUUUGGGUGUUACCCUGCUUUAUUGUGAAGACUGCAUGUGAGGUAGUUCAGGUAAUAUAUUUGCAUCACGAUUCAUGGUGGCAGUCUGUUGCGAUUUUGGUUGCUUCGCUCGUAUCAUGGACUUACUCAACAAUAAUUUAUCUAUCGGGCAGUGCAUUGUUCAAUUUGGUAUGCAACUUGCAAGUGAUACACUUUGAGAACUAUGGGAGGCUUUUAGAAAGGGAUAUGGAUGUUUAUAUAUAUAUUGAGGAGCACAUUCGCCUUACACAUUAUUUAUCUAAAAUAAGUCACAGGUUUCGAAUAUAUCUUCUUUUGGAGUUCUUGGUAGUGACAGCUAGUCAAUUUCUAGCUUUAGUGCAGAUCACUGGGAAUCAUGGAAUAAUCAAUUUCAUCAAUGGUGGAAAUUUUGCAGUGUGCUCAAUUGUUGAGCUUGUUGGGAUAAUUCUUUGCCUGCAUGCAGCUGCAAAGAUUUCACAUAGAGCUCAGGGCCUUGCAUCAGUUGCUAGCAGAUGGCAUGCUUCAGUUACAUGCAAUCCAAACAAUGCUUCUCAAUUGGGACCUUCAAGUAAUGAAGGAAACUCCGAUCCCACUUUUCCUGUGGGCCCAUUAUCUAUGAGCUACUCUGAAAGUGAUUUGGAGUCUAUCGAGUUUGUGCCAAUGCCAACAAAUACACAAUUGGCUUCUAAUAUGUCGUCAUAUCAUAAGAGACAAGCAUUUGGUUUUCUCUGCAGUUAUGUAUUUGCAGUCAAACCCUCGCGGAGCUACCAUUUUCGGAUGGACGGUCGAUCGAGCACUCAUUAACACAAUUUUUUUUGUGGAGCUCUCACUGGUUCUUUUUGUACUGGGGAAGACUAUAAGUUUCACCACAAAUUGACAUAUUCAAUUAUAGGUGAAUAAACGAGAACAAAAAAUGCAAAAACCUCCCUCCACCCUAUUUUUUGUUGAGGGCGAGAGUGUCAGCAUCAGCUGUGGAGUUAUGAUUUUUGCAGUACGAUUUGGCUUCAUAUGUCUGCAAUCUUCAGUAGGUUUGUAUCAUUGUAAUAUUAAUGUUGAGGGGUAACCAGCUUGUACACACUUCUGUGGACUAUAGAAUGACUUGAGAUCAAUUAUACCAAAAACAUUUACUUGUCACACUGAGCAAUAAUGCUAAGAAUAGGUUGAGCCAUUUUCAUUGUUAGAAACCAAUGAUAAAAUUUUUGUAAAUGUUUGUUGUUGCUUCCUAAAA